CGAUGGAGGAAAUGGAGUAACUCACCCGUUGUAAUAGCGCUGACCGAAGAUGUUGAUUCCUGCGGAACAAAGUUGUGUUUGAACUGAAGUCAAGUGACAGUAGGGUUUUCUAAGAAUCGACGUAUUUACUGAGGCAGACCGAAGUUUCUUCCUAAGACCUAAGGUUUAUGUUCUGAGGAAAGCUAAUCAUCAUGACUGACGAAACACACGUUCCUCUGACCCCAGAGCACACUGGUAUUCUGAGAGAUUGCAAAAGUGCCUUUUGCAAUGCUGUUAAGGCAAAAUUUGAUUGCACAGCUAUUUUCCACAAUAUGGAGUGUGACACCUUUGGUAGUAAUUUAAGUGAUGUCUCAAGUCCUGAUGUUAGAUACUCUACAAAGCUGCCCAGUGGAGUGGAAGUGUCAGUCUGGAAAGAUGAUCUUACACGUCAUAAAGUAGAAGCUGUGGUCAAUGCAGCCAAUGAGAAGCUAAAUCAUGCAGGGGGUCUUGCACUAGCACUGUGUAAUGCUGGAGGACCAAUGAUCCAACAAUGGAGUGAUGAGAUUCUAAAAGGAAACAAAAUAGUGCCAACUGGUGAUGCUGUAAUCACUGCUUCUGGAAGUCUCCCAUGUAAAAUGAUCAUACAUGCUGUGGGACCCCGCUUGAACCCAAAUCCAUCGCAGAGUAUGAUUGAUUACGCUGCACCAUCCUUACGUCAAACUAUUUUAAGAAUCCUGGAAUUAGUUUUACAAAACAACGUAAAUUCGGUUGCAAUCCCUGCCCUGAGUUCUGGCCUUUUCAAUUUUCCAAGACAUCUCUGUGCCGACAUUAUUGUAAAAACUAUAAGGGAGCUUGAGGAAUUUGGCACAUUCAAAAGCAGGAAAUUAGAGAUUCGUCUUGUCAAUAAUGAUGAGCCCUCAGUCAAUGAAAUGCAUAGAGCCUCUUGGCAGAUUCUAGGUCCGCCCACUUCUGACACAUACAGUGGUGCUGUAAAUGGCAGAAACCAAAGGAUGGCUACUUCUUCAAACAACAGUUUGCAGAUUGGGAAUGUAACCAUGCAUCUUAAAAAGGGCCAUAUAGAGGAGGAAAAGGUUGACGUAAUUGUAAACACAAUUGCAAAUGAUUGUAAUUUGUCCAAAGGGGAUAUUUCAAAAGCUAUUUUGAAGAAGGCCGGCAAAAAGAUUCAAGAAGAGAUUUUCCGUAAUACAGGGAAACAUUGGGUUGCUAAAAAUGGGGAAAUCUACGACACAAAAGGCCAUAACCUGGAUUGCAAAUAUGUUCUUCAUUCUGUUUGUGCAUUUAGAUCUGAGCCUAAGGCCAAGGAGAUUCUUUUCAGAGUGGUCUCAGAUUGUUUGAAAAAAGCCAGUCUGGAUUGCAAGUCUAUCUCCUUUCCAGCUAUUGGUACUGGUUUACUGGGCUUUAAAAAACAGGAGGUUGCCCAAAUUAUGACAGAUGCUGUGGUAAAUUUUGGCAAAUCAAACACAGGGAAGAAGUUGGACAUAUGUUUUGUUGUGUAUCCAAAAGAUGAUGAAAUGAUGAAGGCUUUUGAAAAGGAGAUUUGUUCCAAGAAAGGAGGAACAACAUCCCCAGAAUUACCCAGUGACUUGACAAAAAAUUUCAGAACAAAUGAAACCCCCACGAUUGAGUUCAGCGGUGUCUCUGAUGAAGCUUUGAGAGAGGCAAAAGCAUGGACCUUUCAGAUGCUUAGCCUGUCAAAAUACACACUGACAAUAAAGAAUAACCAUGUCAUAUAUCUUGGUCAAACAGACCAUGAAAACCUGCUCUCUCUCCAAGCAAAGUUUGGUGUUCACAUCAAGGUGUUCUUCAGGAGUGGUAAUGGUGGCAUAUCCAUCACUGGAGAUCCUAAAGCUGUCAGCUGUGUGGGAUUUGAGGUGGAGUCCAUGCUUUGUAAAGCCCAAGAGGACUUUGCCCUAGCCGAAGAGAAUGCCAUUCUGUAUUCUGUGGUUCGCUGGCACAGUAAAGAUGUACCUUGUCUACAAAUGCCUGAAAUCAGUUCAGCUUGUGAGAAAGCUUAUCUGGCAGGGAAUAAAGACCUUUUGUUGAAUGACAUUAAUAUCAAAGUCAACUUGAAGCAUAAGAAUUUAGUUGACAGCUAUGGGAGAACAAGCAAUGUGGAAAGGACAUGCUUGUUGAGCGAUUACGACAAUCAAUGGGAGGUUGGCAAUUCCUUUUAUGCAAGAACUACUGUGACCAGGAAUGUUUAUGAUGAUAAAGAAACAAGAAGAGCCUUCGAAGAUUGUAAGCUCAGUAUAAUCAAGGCGGAGAAAAUGGAGAACAUUGCCCUGCAGCAGCUUUUUGAGAUGAAUGGGAGGCGAGUGAAAGAUAAACCAAAGAAGCUCUACCAGUGUGUAUCAGCUCAGUUCUGUGAUCUAAUCUGCAGAGUGGGCUUUCAGAAAGCGUUCGCACCACCUACCGAGCAAAAGUAUGGUAGUGGAAUAUACUUCUGCAGUACUUUGAACGAGGCAUUGAGGCUGUGGAAAGGACAGAAUGAUGAACAGCAGUACAUCUACAUCAUUCAGGCCCAGGUUCUUACUGGGAAAUCUACAGCUGGUUCGCCAGAUUUGAUUUUGCCCCCUGCCAUAGAUGGUGUCCCUUUGGAUCGUUAUGACAGCGUGGCUAACAGUUCGAAACAGACCCAUGUCAUCUUCUGUGGUCAACAAGCUCUUCCUGAAUACCUGUUCAUAUGCCGAACAUCAUCUCCUGUGUAGCUGCACAGAGUGCAAUGCAUUAACAAAACCCUUUGGAAUCAAUCAGGGCGAAUGUUUGACUUAAAAUGUCAAUUUCAAAAGCUCAACAAAUAAUGACCUAUAUAAAUAAGGAGCAGAAAUAUUUGUAAUAGUCUUAAUCACAUUAGUGGAUGAGGGAUGAUUAUUUAUGCUAUUGAAUUCUUUAAAAAAAAAUAUGCUAAAACUGGGUGUAUCCUGCUUUUGACUAGGACUGCUCUUUUAAACAGUUCCUUUGAGCUGUUUCCUUAAAUGCUGUAAUUUUCGGCUAAGUACAUUUAUGUGAUUUUUUUUUUUUUUCAUUUAAUGAGAUGUGGUAUAUAUAAAUAAUGAUGUUAGUAAAAUGAAAAUAAUCAUUUCUUGUAAAAGUUAAUCUUCAACAGUUAUCAUAAUCAAAUGAGAGGAUAAAUACUUUUGGUGUUGGGUUUGUGGUUUCAAAAUAUAUGCUGAAGUUCAAUUAAGCAUUACAAAUAAACUCUGGCACUAUUUUGUCAGUUACCAAGGCCUUCCUGUUUAUAGACUCAAGUGAUAU